AUGGCCCUCCCUAAGACCAUUACACUACAGACCGACGUCUUGAGUGUCAAUGUAUACGUUGAUGAUCAAGGGGCUGCUUUUUUGCAGGAAGUGAUUCCCUUGCCCGGUUCGUCUCGACCGUCGGUAUCCAAAUAUUUCGCUAAUCCUUACGCACCGCUGGUGGAGGUGCGACUAGCCGGGGAAGGCACAGCAAAGCAUAAAUCAUCCAAAUCACUGAUAGGCACUUAUGUGGGGACUCGACUUCGCUACCGAUCGCAUGAGAUCAGGCAGCAUGCGGAUACCCAUACCCUGAACGUCACAUUGAAAGACCCCGUUUCUAAUGUGACAAUAAUUGCGCACCUGACAAUCUACCAGAGCACCAGGGUCCUCCGUGCGACAAGCACAAUCCGAAAUGAUAGUGACAACGAUAUUGUGGUGACACAGUUGAGCUCUUUGGUCCUGGGCGGGCUAACCACUGGCGCUGAGAAAUGGUGGUCAAACUACGUUCUCGCAGUUCCCAAUAAUUCAUGGUUCAGAGAGGCGCAAUGGAUCGAUCACGAUCUACCCAGUUUGGGUAUAGACGACUACGGUGUGUAUGGGCGUCCAGAGGAACAUGCAGCUAGCUUAGGUCACUAUUCGGUUUCCAACCGAGGAACCUUCUCAACAGAGGGUCAUUUGCCUAUGGGUCUUCUGAAGCGCACUGACAAUACUGAAACAUGGCUUUGGCAAGUGGAAAACAAUGGCUCCUGGCGCUGGGAAGUCGGUGACUGGAAAGACAGCGUCUAUCUGGCUGCUGGCGGUCCGGUCGAGACCGAUCAUGAUUGGAGACAGACGCUCUACCCCGGACAAGAGUUCACCACAGUACCUGUGGCGUUAUGCCAUGUCCUAGAAAACUACGAGCAUGCAUUUGCGGAGAUGACCCGCUACCGGCGACAGAUGCGGCGGAAACACCAGGACCAUGAGCAAUUACCCAUUAUUUUCAAUGACUAUAUGAAUUGCCUUAUGGGUGACCCCACUGACGAGAAGAUUCUGGCACUCGUCGAUCCCGUAGUGCGGACUGGGGCUGAAUACUUUGUUAUCGACGCUGGUUGGUAUGCAGAUGAUUCCGGCUGGUGGGAUGAUGUUGGGUUGUGGGAACCGUCGAAGAAACGUUUUCCCAUGGGGUUUAGGGAGCUACUGCUGCACUUGAAAACGAAAGGCCUCACUCCAGGUCUCUGGAUCGAGCCAGAAGUCAUCGGAGUACGCAGUGUCGUUGCCGAACAGCUACCUUAUGAAGCGUUCUUUCAGCGAAAUGGUCAGCGCAUCGUUGAAAAAGGGCGUUACCAGCUGGACUAUCGUAACGCAGCUGUCCGGGAACACAUGCAUGCUGUUAUCCACAGGCUAGUCACCGAAUAUGGUGUGGGUUAUUUCAAAUUCGACUAUAACAUCGAGGUCAUCCAGGGCACCGACAUCAAUUGUUCAAGUUCAGGGUCUGGUCAGUUAGAUCACAACCGGGCAUACCUGCAGUGGGUGACUGAGCUGCAUGAUCGGUAUCCUGGCUUGGUCAUUGAGAAUUGCUCGAGCGGCGCUCAGCGAAUGGAUUAUGCUAUGCUGGCUGUCCAUGCCUUGCAGUCCACUAGCGACCAACAGGAUCCCGAUCGGUACGCAGCAAUUGCUGCCGCUCUUCCAACAGCCGUUACCCCUGAGCAAGGUGCCAUCUGGGCAUACCCACAGCCAGAGUGGGAUGACGAAACUAAUGCAAUGACGGUGGUUAAUAGUCUUCUCGGCCGCGUACAUCUAAGCGGACGGCUAGACAAACUUAGGCCGCACCAAUUUGAGCUUAUCAAACAAGGUAUGGAUGUCUACCGCACCAUUCGCGCUGACUUACCCACGGCUACUGCCUUCUGGCCUCUCGGCCUUCCCCGCUGGCAUGAUGAAUGGGUCGCAUUGGGGAUGGCGGUGCAUACACCAGACAAUUGUGAUUCGGGCGUCCGCUAUUUAGCCGUCUGGAGACGGGGAGGUCUAGACUCCGUUGAACUACCUAUUCCUGGUCUCCGUGGGCUUCGCGUGAAGGCAGAACUGCUUUAUCCCUCCACCUUUCCAUGUGAAAUAUCAUGGGAGCUCGCGCAGGGAAUACUACACAUCCGGAUUCCCUCAAAGCUCUCUGCCCGCCUGUUGAAGCUCACCAGUGGGAAUGUUCGGUGA